UAUAUGUAAAAAGUCGCGACAUAAGUCUGAACUCCUUGCUCCUCCCGCUGAUUCGCUCCGCCCUCCGCCCAUGUCUGGCCGCGUCCUCCUCCGCGCGGCUGCCUUCGGCCUCGCCGCCGCGGGUGCGGCGUCCCUGCAUGCCGUGUCCAAGUGGACGCCUCCCGGGGAGAUCCCUCCCUUCGACCUGUCCGUGAAGUUCAAUCUCUUGGAAUCCGCGAACGGUCUCCAGGCCGCCCUGCUCCGCGCGCACCCGCUCUUCGGUGUGCACCUCCAUGACGUCCGAGCCCGCGCCGAACUCGACCUCGCGCGCGUUGACAUGGAGAUUGGCCAUGGCGGCGAUCCCGCCGCCGCCGCGGACCUCCGCCUCCUCCUCGCGCUCCUCGCCGUGCGCGACGGUCGCGCGGACGAGGCGAUGCGGCUCUACGAGGAAGCGUUCCGCCACGCGCCUUUCGACCCCCGGCCCCGCGCCCUCGCGUAUAACCUCUGUUUCCUCUGCGGGCGAGAGGACGAAUCUGCAGCGUGGAGAAGUGCUUACGACCGCCUCGUCCCGGGCUCCAUCCAGUACCCGGGAUGGGAGUCCGAUAAAACAAGGGAGCUCGUCCACGAGCUCGUGAUCGCGGCGACGCUGGGCGGCGUGAACGUGCUCCUCGACCCUGAGUGGUACUUGGUCAUGCACGUGGCCAGCAAAGCUAUGGACAAGGCGCUGGUCGCAGCGCUGCAGGACAAGGCGCUAUCUGCGACGGAGAGGCUUCAGUUCCGAUUGCUCCGCGUGUUCCUGGACAACUUCAUGGAGGUGGAGGCGGAGCUGGCCGAGGACGACUGAGGAGGCAUCGUCUUCGGGGUCAUCAUGCGGUUGCCAUAGCUACAAAAGCCGACAAUCUUGUUUUUCUGAAGGGCCUCAUAGACCGAGUUACUUUGAAGAUCAUGUUCGACACAUCAGCUUUAUGGCUCUAGAUCGUAAGCAGAGUUAUCAAACUAGCAGUUCUGUUAAUCACAGAAGCUAGUUUAAUCUUUCAUAAGGAUUCUAAUUCAGAUGCUGCUCCAAAAGAAUUGCCUGAUACAGGGUGAUAUGCUCGAAGGUGACCGUUCCAGCAGCUUAUUAGUGAUAUGCUCAAAGGUGACUAACAUUACUAGCCAUAUAGCUCUUAUUCAGUAAGCCCUUUUUUCACUCAGAUGUUAGAUGAAGAUGCAAUAACAUUUCACACACUGGUGUAUAAGCCAUUGUAACCUGUGUUUGCAUUCGGUCAAUAUAUGUGCUCCGAUUUCUUGAUAA